GUGACAAUGCUCAUAUUUUAAAAACAAGGACACAUGCACUAGUGUAACCUCCUUUAAAAUAGCUGAUAGCUCCCCUGUAUGUUUAUAAAUAGCAAUCUAUAUGUCGACUCAUUAAUUAGGCGAUAAAUCUCCAGAAAAACAUAACAAGAGCUACAUUUAGCUCUCUCUUCUUCCAUAGUCUCCUGGAAGAUGAGAAAAACAAUGGAGAUUAAAACGCAACUCCUCCCACAUUGCGUAAACAUUUCAGUCUUCCUCUUGCUCGUUAUAAGGACUAGUGCUCAAUCUCUGGAUUACGCUGAUGCUCUUACUAAAUCACUCUUGUACUUUGAAGCUCAACGCUCUGGUCGCUUACCCUAUAAUCAGAGAGUCACUUGGCGUGAUCAUUCGGGCCUCACAGACGGUUUAGAACAAGGGGUUGAUUUGGUAGGAGGAUACCAUGAUGCUGGUGACCACGUGAAAUUUGGACUUCCGAUGGCAUUCACAGUGACAAUGUUGUCAUGGGGAGUUAUUGAAUACGGUGAAGAGAUUGCCAGUGCUGCAGAGUUUGAGCAUGCUCUAGAGGCAAUAAAAUGGGGGACUGAUUACUUCAUUAAAGCACACACUAGUCCUAAUGUGUUAUGGGCAGAGGUGGGGGAUGGAGACACUGAUCAUUACUGCUGGCAACGCCCAGAAGACAUGACGACCUCACGACAAGCACACAAGAUCGAUGAGAAUAACCCGGGGUCGGAUCUAGCAGGGGAGACGGCAGCAGCAAUGGCAGCAGCUUCCAUUGUGUUUAAGGAAACCAACCCACAUUAUUCUCAUCUACUGUUGCACCAUGCCCAACAGGUGUUUGAAUUUGGAGAUAAAUACAGAGGAAAGUAUGACAUGAGUGUGGGGGUAGUGAAGAGUUACUAUGCAUCAGUGAGUGGAUACAAGGAUGAGUUGCUGUGGGCAGCUUUGUGGCUAUACAAGGCCACCGACAAUGAGGAUUAUUUGAGUUACGUCAUUGAUAAUGCGCAUCAUUUUGGUGGGAUUGGCUGGUCUAUUUCUGAAUUUAGCUGGGAUGUUAAAUAUGCCGGAAUUCAAAUUAUGGCCUCUAUGCUACUCCCUGAAGUGAAACACAAAGAACACAGAAAUAUAAUCAGACAGUACAGAUCAAAAGCUGAAUUCUAUAUAUGUUCAUGUUUGAGCAAAAACAAUGGCACCAACACUGAACGUACCCCUGGGGGCCUCUUGUACAUACGCCAGUGGAAUAACAUGCAGUACGUUUCGUCUGCAGUUUUUCUGCUGACAGUAUACUCAGAUUUCCUGUCAAACACAAACCAAAACCUCAGCUGUCAUGGGACAACAGUGACUCCUGAGGACCUUUUUACCUUAGCUAAAUCACAAGUUGAUUAUAUAUUGGGAGUAAACCCAAAUAAUAUGAGCUAUUUAGUUGGUUAUGGUACUAAGUACCCUACACACGUGCACCAUAGAGGCGCAUCAAUUGCUUCGUACAGAGUGAACAAAGGGUUCAUCGGGUGCACUCAGGGGUAUGAUGACUGGUACAGCCGCCCUGAGCCAAAUCCUAAUGUAGUUAUUGGAGCAUUGGUUGGAGGGCCUGAUAGAGAUGAUGAUUUUAGGGAUGAUAGAGGUAAUUAUAUGCAGACUGAGGCCUGCACGUAUAAUACAGCACCGCUUGUAGGUAUAUUUGCAAAGUUGAAUCAGUUGACUGAUUUACGUUUAAUUGCUUCCUAUUAGUUGGAUAUAUUA